CCAGCUUUGUGGCUUUCACUUCCACUUCUACUAGGUGGGCGGAGUGCCCUCCUGUGGACGAAUCAGAUUCCUUCUCAGCCCCAACUUCAAGAGGUGAGCCAGGGGCUCAGCGUCCUAGACAGGCAGGAGGCAGCAGCAGCAGCAGGAGUGGGGAAGACCAGAGGCCGGAACCAUGGAAGACCAACGCGACCUCAUCUCCAACCAUGAGCAGGUGCCCAUGCUGGGCCAGCGCCCCGGAGCCCAGGAGAGCAAGUGCAGCCGUGGAGCCCUGUACACAGGCUUUUCCAUCCUGGUGGCUUUGCUCCUGGCUGGCCAGGCUACCACCGCCUACUUCCUGUACCAGCAGCAGGGCCGCCUGGACAAGCUGACAGUCACCUCGCAGAACCUGCAGCUGGAGAACCUGCGCAUGAAGCUUCCCAAGUCCGCCAAGCCUCUGACCAAGAUGCAGCUCAGCGCCCCGAUGCUGUUGCAGGACCUGCCCAUGGAAGGCCCGGAGCCCAUGCAGAACGCCACCAAGUAUGGCAACAUGACGCAGGACCAUGUGAUGCGGCUGCUCCUGAAGUCUGACCCCCUGAAGGUGUACCCGCAGCUGAAGGGGAGCUUCCCAGAAAACCUGAAACACCUUAAGGACACCAUGGAUGGCAUGAACUGGAAGCUCUUUGAGAGCUGGAUGCAUCAGUGGCUUUUGUUUGAAAUGAGCAAGAUCUCGCUGGAGGAGAAGCCUUUUGAAGUUCCACCAAAAGUACUGACCAAGUGCCAGAAAGAGGUCAGCCGCAUCCCUGACAUCCACCCGGGCAUGUUCAGGCCCAAGUGCGACGAGAAUGGCAACUAUAUGCCGCUCCAGUGCUAUGGGAGCAUCGGCUACUGCUGGUGCGUCUUCCCCAACGGCACCGAGGUCCCCCACACCAGGAGCCGUGGGCACCAUAACUGCAGCGACCCACUGGAAAUGGAGGAUCUGUCGUCUGGGCUGGGCAUGUCCAAGCAAGAUCUCGGUCAGGUCAUCCUGUGAGCACAGCAGACGCAGACGCCAGCACUCAGCCAGCCCUGCAUGGCCACAGCUUCCCUGGCCCCCUACCCUAGCCCCUCUCCCUCCUUUACACACCCCUCCCCUUGCCAUCUCCUACCCUGCACCUCAUUCUAUGAGACUCUGGCGCCUGGCUCUCCAUCAUCCUUGGACACAUCAAAUCAUCAGAACGGCACAGAUUAACAAUGCAGAAGGGCCCUGCUGCUCAAAACACCAUCCACUAGCAGGGACAUAAGGCCCGGGGAGAUGGACCAUGAACCAGGCUGACCCCCACUUCUGACACCACAUGGUGCUCCAAGAUCUAGGCCCAUGGAAGAGGUGGGCAGGUAUAGGGAGAAGGGAUGGCACUGACCCAAGCCCCAGGACUGACACCUCUGCUGUCCCCUCCCCCAUUGGCCUCAGCCUUCCAGCCCAUUUAACUGGGGGGGAGGAGCCGCCCUUUCCCUCUCCCCAGCAUCACCCACCCAGGAAGAACCAGCCUCUCCACCCGCAGCCCCUCCUUUCUACCAACCCCCAGUUCCGUCUGCGCAGCCAAGCUUGUCAUCGGCCCUCAGGGCCACGGUGCCUGUGAGAAUAAAAGGUAGUGAGUAGAACA